GUCCCCGGCACAUGUGCGCGCAGACCCGGAGGCGCACGGCGGAGCUCCGGUGUCUGCUCACGGUCUUUUCUCCGUUAUUUUCUCUGUGUUUUUGUGGAGAUGUUGUCCGCGCUGAAGGAGAGGGUGGGACAGGUGCUGCUCCCCGGGGAUGAGUUCGUGUGCGAGGCCGAGGACACGCUCUCUCUGUCGGCCACGGCGCGUAAAGACACCGCGGUGUGUGGACCGGGGCUGCGCAGGAGCGGAGACCGGGUUCUGGUGUGUGUGAGCGGGCAUCUGCGCCACAAGGCCCCCAACGUGUUCUGGAUCCAGUCCCAAAGCAAAAGGGUUGUCCCGGCGAAGGGGGAGUGUGUGAUCGGCAUCGUCACGGCGAAGUCCGGAGACGUGUUCAAGGUGGACGUGGGCGCGAGCGAGCUGGCGUCGCUGUCCUACCUGUCCUUCGAGGGCGCCACCAAGAGGAACAGGCCCAACGUGCAGGUUGGAGACCUGGUCUACGCUCAGUUCCUGGUGGCAAACAAAGACAUGGAGCCGGAGCUGGUCUGUAUCGACGGGGCUGGACGCGCAAACGGACUUGGCGUGUUCGGAUCUGGAGGACUCAUGGUCAAAGUGUCUCUGGGACUCGUGCGCAGACUCUUGGCCCCGGGCAGUGACCUGAUGGCCGACCUCGCUGGACUCUUCCCCUCCGAGAUGGUUCUGGGUCUAAACGGGCGAGUCUGGGUCAAAUCCUCGAGCCUCCAGCAGACGCUCAUCCUCACCAACCUGCUCCAGAGCUGCGAGACGCUCAGCCCCGACCAGAGGAGGGCGCUCUUCCACAGGGUCAAGCAGGGGACGCUAUGACACGGACCAAAACGGGACUGAAACACGGACUAAACCAGGUCCAGGUCGAGGAUCGGACCAGAACUGAACCAGGAAUAAUGCAGGACUGAAGUCAAGAACUAAACCAAAUACCUAACAAGGACUAACCCAAGACUUAAAGAUGUAUUUUGUAACUUUUUGUUUGGGGGUUCGUCACCUGCUUGUUUCUAUGGAGAUGUCUUUGUUUUUUAAUUCUGAAUAAAAAUUAAUUCCUCAUGUGAAGACUAGACCAGACCUGGACUGGGCGUUUAUCAGACCUGGACUGAAUCAAGUCUACAUCUGGAAAUUGGGACUAAAUCCAGAAUAAACCCGGUUUAGACCUGGAUUAGACCUCUGCCGAAUCAAGUCUACAUCAGGAAAUGGAGAAUAAAUCCAGAAUUAACAUGGACUAGACCUGGACUAGACCUAGACUGAACCAAGCCUACAUCUGGAAAUUGGGAUGAAAGCCAGAAUAAACCUGGUUUAGACCUGCGCUAGACCUGGACCGUAUCAAGUCUACAUCUAGAAUAAACCUAGUUUAGACCUGGACCAAAUCAAGUCUACAUUUGGAAAUUGCGACAAAAUCCAGAAUAAACUUGGACUAGAUCUGGACUCAACCUGGACUGAAUGAAGUCUACAUUUGAAAAAUUGUGACCAAAUUCAGAAUAAACCUGGAUAAGACCUGCACAAGACCUGGACCAAAUCAAGUCUACAUAAGUAAAUUGGGACUAAAUCCAGAAUAAACCUGGUUUAGACCUAGACCGAGGAAAUUGGGUCUAAGUCCAGAAUUAAUGUGCACGAGACCUGGACUGAAUCAAGUCUACGUCUGGAAAUUGUGACUAAAUCCAGAAUAAACCUGGUUUAGACCUGGACUAGACCUGGACCGAAUCAAGUCUACAAGAGGAAAUUGGGACAAAAUCCAGAAUUAACAUGGACAGGACGUGUACAAGACCUGGACCGAAUCAAGUCUACAUCAGGACUAAAACAAUGUGAACUGCCUAAAUAUUUUGUACCUGUAUAUGUUUUCUACACUUUUGAAAUAAAUAAAUAAACAAUAAUAAAUGAUAAUUCCAAGUA